UUCACGGGCGGCUGGGCGCGCAUUUCCUCGCCGGGACACACACACACACCCCAGAGCGCGCCUCCGCCUUCGCUGCAGACAUGAGACUCCAGCUGCUGCUUUGGAUCGUGGCUGUGCUCCUGGCGAGCCUCCUCCCAGCCUACGGACAGCGGCCAGCCAGCCUGGCCCUGCGCAGGAAGCUCCACCGGCACGGCUGCUCCCACCGGCGCUGCGUGCCGCUGCACUCCAGGGUGCCCUUCCCCUGAGCCCCGGCGCAGCGCGACAGGACUUUUCAGUGUUUUAAAGGAGCAACAGUUAAACUAAUAAGAGGAGUUUGUCAAAAGUCCAGAUCAACAACAGCUGACCCGAUAGCCACCACAGUCCCACCUUCAGCAGUCCUGUCUGCCACAUUCUACUGGACCUGGACUAAAGGCCUCUGUCUCACACCCAGUGGUGGUGGGGGCAAGAACUGUGGUGACAGGCUAUGUACAUGAACUUACCUGCAAAUUAUUUGGAUCUCACAAUGAGUAGUGAAAGUUAAAGAUCAAAUCAAACAUCAGGUAGAUUUUGAUCUGAGCUAGAUUUCCAGGGGCAGUAAGAAAGAAGGAUCUGUCCAAGGGCACUCUUGAUGCUGUAUAAUGUUCAGACCGAGUGAAAUUGAAAGUGCUGUUGACUACCCAGUUCAGGCUGUGUAUGAGGUAGUGUUUAGGAUGAAAUAGUAUCAGACUCCAGAAAGGAAUUAUGAAAGUCCCAUUUUUUGUUUAUACUUUUAUAUAUUAAUAAUAU